ACCGUCCUCAGGGUGGCGGCGAUCUCCGGCUCGCUGUGUAGGGCGUCGGCCAACACCGGCCUCAUCCGCACCGCCGCGGAGAUCUGCAGGGAGUCCAUCCCGGGCCUGCAGAUCGACCACGUCGACAUCUCGGAGCUGCCGCUGCUCAACACCGACCUCGAGGUCCGUGGCGGCUUCCCGCCGACCGUCGAGGCGUUCCGCGACAGCGUCCGCACGGCCGAUUGCUUCCUCUUCGCCUCGCCCGAGUACAACUACUCCAUUUCAGGCCCUCUGAAGAACGCGCUGGACUGGGGAUCACGGCCGCCCAACUGCUGGGCCGACAGAGCCGCGGCGAUGCUGAGCGCGUCGGGCAGCACCGGCGGCAGCUGGUCGCAGUACCACAUCCGGCAGGUUGGGGUGUUUCUUGACAUCCACUUCAUCAACAAGCCGGAGGUCUUCACCAAGGCACACCUGCCCCCGAAAAAGUUCGACGCAGACGGCAACCUCAUCGAUUCAGAGACCAAGGAGCAGGUCAGGAGGAUGCUCCUAUCGCUGCAAGCCUUCGCCCUCAGGCUCCAGGGGAAAUCUGAACAGGGGAACUGAUGCCUCCAUUUGUGUCUUCAAACGAGUGCUAGUGUGCUCUGCUCAAU